AUGUUGGCUCCACUUCGACUAGAGGGCAGCCCCAAUGUGCAGAGCGUUAACAAGGUCUCUCUCAGAUUAGCUUUGGGGAGUCUUGAGGUCUGCAUGCAGAAAGUCGCUCGAGACCUCGACAAAAAGGUGGAGAUGCUUCAUGGGGAGAACCAGCAGCUUCGAGAAAUUCUCUAUCGAUGUGGAAUGAGCGAACAUGAUAUUCAACUCCAGCUGAACGGCACGAAGUUUGUGAACACGACUUGGCAAGAAUCUUCAAGGCCGCCAUCAACAAGCCUUGAUCAUACUGUUCCUUCUCCAGCAUGGGGAUACGUACCGAACCUGGACACGAAACCUGGGCAGCAAAUCAGCGUUAGCACUCAAGAGCUAUAUUCGCGACCGGAUCGGGGCAUAAUUGGACCAUCUACAGCAAACUCCCAGCAUUAG